CAAAAGAAACGAAAAAUGGCUCCGAAGAAAAAGCAGACCACGACGAAGCAGAGCAGCAGCAAGUCUAAAACGACGUCGUCGGCACCGAGGCUCCAGAUUUCGGCCGAUAACGAGAACCGGGUCCGCCGGCUCCUGCUCAACUCGGGGCGGUCCAACGCCCCGGCGGCUCCGGUCGACGAGUCUCUUUCCAAGGCUCAGAAGACGAAGAAGCUCAAAGCCGUGUACGAGAAGCUUUCCUGCGAAGGCUUCACGAACGAUCAAAUCGAACUCGCUCUUUCUGCUCUCAAGGAGGGUGCUACAUUUGAGAAUGCUGUGGACUGGUUGUGCUUAAAUUUGACUAGUAAUCAGCUGCCACUGAAGUUUUCUACUGGAACUUCUCUGCACACAAGUGAAGGUGGUUCUGUUGGCGUCAUAUUGACUUCUCGGGAUGACUGGACUCCCUCGGUGGAUACACAUACCAAGAUUGAUGAGGAUGCACCGAGAAUUGCUAUUAGAACCAAGGGACAUCGGGAUGAUAAGACUCUUGAUUUGUUUCAACCGUCUCAGGCAGAUUGGAUCAAACGAUAUGUCGAGCAACAACAAGAGGAUGAGUCCACAACUUGGGAGGAUGAUGCCGAUGAGGCUUUGACUGAGAAGGUUCUUAAACCAAGGUCUUAUGAUCUUAUUGCCAAAGAGUAUCAUGCUGCACGAUUGGAAGCUGCAAAAGCCAAGCAAAACCGGGACAAGCAAAGCCAGGAACGGGCAGGCAGCAUCAUCCGCAAUCUCAAGCAAGAGUUAUCUGCACUAGGGUUAUCAGACGACAUAUUGGCAUCAGAAUUUGCAAAGGAACAAGGUUCUGCUCCUUCUGAGGACACAUAUGAUAGUCCUUGUAAGCAGUCUGAAGGAGGCUUUGCUGAUGAUUUAAUAGCUGACGAAAGUGAUACAGAGCACAGUGGCUCUAUUCAUUCUCCAGUCAAUUCUACUCCAAGUGUACCUGUCCAAGGAAAGAUUGUUGCAGAAGAAGAGUCAACAGAUGUGGAGAUUGGUAAUUUCUUCUUAGAAGAUGGGCCAUCUGCAGAUGUUCCACCUCCUGAAAUUUUGGAACUACAGAAGAAAGAAAGGAUGAGGGAAAUGUCUAGCGAGAAAAAUUUGGAGAAAUUAGAUGGUAUUUGGAAGAAGGGGGACUCUCGAAAGAUUCCCAAGGCUAUUCUUCAUCAGUUAUGUCAAAGAUCCGGAUGGGAAGCUCCAAAGUUUAAUAAAGUGAAUGGAAAGCAAAAUAAUCUCUCUUAUACUGUCAGCGUUUUGCGUAAAGCUAGUGGGAGAGGUAAAAGCAGAAAGGCUGGGGGCUUGGUCACCCUUCAGCUUCCUGAACAGCAUGUAACUUUUGAUUCAACUGAGGAUGCACAAAAUAGAGUGGCAGCAUUUGCUCUUUGUCAACUGUUUCCUGAUCUCCCAGUUCACCUACUAAUUAUUGAGCCUUAUGCUUCUCUAGUCAUUCAAUGGAUGGAAGGGGAAUCAUCAACGAAUGUGGAAGAUAGUGAGGAAGAUCGAAGAGCUGCUUUUGUGGACUCACUUUUGAGAGUUGAUGGUUCUGCUUCAACUUCUGCUGCUAAUGUUACGAAUGAUAUUGCUCCAGACAAGGCUCAAGAACUCCAUAUUGAACAACCUAUAAGUGCAGGUGUUGCUUAUGUUGAUUUAGCAGCUCAAAGAGUACAUCGUCUCAAGGAAGUGGAGAGCACUUAUUUGAGACAAGAACUGGAGAAUAAAGUGAAAAAUCCAAAAUUCAAGGACAUGUUGAAAACUAGAGCUGCACUUCCCAUUGCUGGUUUGAAGGGUGAUAUACUGCAACUGCUGAGUGAGAAUAAUGUUCUAGUUGUUUGUGGUGAAACAGGUUCUGGAAAAACAACCCAGGUUCCGCAAUUCAUAUUGGAUGACAUGAUCAAAUCGGGACAUGGUGGAGAUUGUAACAUUAUAUGCACACAACCAAGGAGAAUAGCGGCUAUCUCUGUGGCUGAAAGAGUUUCUGAUGAGCGCUGUGAACCUUCACCUGGUUCAAAAGGUUCUUUGGUUGGUUAUCAAGUUCGUCUCGAUAGUGCAAGCAAUGACAAGACUAAGCUUCUCUUUUGUACGACGGGCAUUCUUCUGAGAAAAUUUGUGGGGGAUAAAAACUUGACAGGAGUUACUCAUGUCAUAGUUGAUGAAGUACAUGAGCGGUCUCUUUUGGGUGAUUUCCUGCUCAUAGUGUUGAAGAAUCUGAUUGAGAAGCAAUCAGCUCUUAACACACCAAAACUGAAGGUUAUUCUGAUGUCUGCAACUGUUGAUUCAAAUUUGUUUUCGAGAUACUUUGGUAAUUGCCCAGUGAUUACUGCAGAAGGAAGAACACAUCCUGUCACAACAUACUAUCUUGAGGAUAUCUAUGAAAGCAUAGAUUAUCGGAUUGCUUCAGACUCUCCAGCUUCCAUGAGAUAUGGAGCUUUGACCAAAGAAAAGGCUGGUCCUGUAAACAACCGCAGGGGAAAGAAGAAUCUUGUUUUAUCUGGUUGGGGUGAUGAUUCUCUGCUCUCUGAAGAAACUGUAAAUCCGUAUUAUGUACCGGAUAGUUAUCAAUCGUACAAAGAGCAAACUCGACAAAACUUGCAAAGAGUGAAUGAAGAUGUCAUUGAUUAUGACCUUCUUGAAGACCUGGUAUGCCAUGUUGAUGAAACUUGCAAUGAGGGAGCCAUACUUGUCUUCUUGCCUGGAGUAUCUGAAAUAUACACUUUAGUUGAUAAGCUAUCUGCUUCAUAUCGAUUUGGUGGACCAGCUUCUGAUUGGAUUCUUCCACUACAUUCUUCUGUUGCAUCAACUGAUCAAAAGAAGGUGUUUUUACGGGCUCCUGAGAACAUACGGAAGGUCAUUGUAGCUACAAACAUUGCUGAGACCAGCAUAACAAUAGAUGAUGUGGUAUAUGUUAUAGACUGUGGAAAGCAUAAGGAGAAUCGUUAUAAUCCACAAAAGAAAUUGUCAAGCAUGGUCGAAGAUUGGAUAUCCAGAGCAAAUGCAAGGCAACGGCGAGGAAGAGCUGGACGUGUGAAACCUGGAAUUUGUUUUUGCUUGUAUACACGUUAUCGAUUUGAAAAGCUCAUGCGGCCUUUUCAGGUUCCGGAGAUGCUUCGAAUGCCAUUAGUAGAGUUGUGUUUACAAAUUAAGUUGCUUUCUCUGGGUUACAUAAAGUCAUUUUUAUCCGAGGCUUUAGAACCUCCAAGGGAAGAGGCUAUGACCUCAUCAAUUAAGUUAUUGUAUGAGGUUGGUGCUCUUGAAGCAGAUGAAGAGUUGACUCCUCUUGGGCAUCAUCUGGCAAAACUUCCUGUUGAUGUAUUGAUUGGGAAGAUGAUGUUAUAUGGGGGAAUAUUUGGUUGCUUGUCGCCGAUUCUCUCAAUUGCAGCAUUCUUGAGCUAUAAAUCUCCAUUUAUCUAUCCCAAAGACGAGAGACAAAAUGUUGAAAGAGCUAAAUUGGCACUCUUGACUGGCAAGCUAGACGGUCCAAGUGAAUCAAAUGAUAGUGACAGGCAAUCAGACCAUCUUAUAAUGAUGAAUGCUUACAGUAAAUGGGAAAAGAUUCUACGUGAGAAAGGCGUCAAAGCUGCUCAAAAUUUUUGCAAUUCAUACUUCUUGAGCAGUUCUGUCAUGUACAUGAUAAGAGACAUGAGGAUACAGUUUGGGACUCUGCUAGCAGAUAUUGGGCUCAUUGACCUUCCGAAAAAAAAUCAGGUUGAUGGGAGAAAGAAAGAGAAUCUUGAUACUUGGUUCUCGGAUGCAUCACAACCAUUCAAUAUGUAUUCAAACCAUUCAUCAAUUGUAAAGGCAAUAUUAUGUGCAGGUUUAUAUCCUAAUGUUGCAGCCACAGAGAAAGGCAUUGCUGAAGCAACUCUCAGUAACCUUAAACAAUCUGCCGGUCUAGCAACCAAGGAACGGCCAAUCUGGUUUGAUGGAAGAAGAGAAGUUAGCAUACACCCUUCUUCUAUCAACAGUAAUUUAAAAGAAUUUCGGUACCCCUUCCUCAUCUUCCUCGAAAAGGUCGAAACCAACAAAGUGUUUCUCCGAGAUACUACAGUCAUUUCUCCCAACUCUAUUUUGCUGUUUGGUGGUGCCAUCAAUAUCCAGCAUCAGACGGGACUUGUUAUCGUUGAUGGAUGGUUAAAACUGACGGCGCCAGCACAAACCGCUGUUCUGUUCAAGGAACUCCGUUUAACUCUUCAUUCCGUUCUGAAGGAAUUGAUAAGAAAGCCAGAGAAUUCCACUGUUGCUCAUAAUGAGGUUUUAAGGUCGAUUAUCCAUUUGUUGUUAGAAGAAGACAGGCCCCCACAAUAGUAUAUUAGCAUCAAAGGAGCUUGCUGCUGACUGUUAUCAAACUGACAAGUUAACCACAUUUGGGAGGUUCAUUCUGUAUUAGAGCAUACUUCCCAACCUAUUCAGCAGGUUCGGGCUGAGUAUCGUGCUCAAGAGUCACAAAGACGAGGAACGUCGCCAUCAAAUUUGGCAAAUGAUUAAGCAUUGCUCUUCUUAGCAGAGGCGAUUUGAAUUUUGUUCCCCGUUCUCUAUAACGUAUUCAAUGUGAUGCUGUUGUGGCUGCAGUCGACAGACAAUGCUGUAUGUAGGAUGACUUAUGACUAAUUACUGUUGAAUUUAAGAUAAUUUGCUUCAUAAACUUUUACCACUUCUUCCCCAAGAUGCUUGUCCACUGUACUUUGUACACCGAUUGCUUCCAUAGUAGUUGUUUUCGGGUGCAUGUAAAUGUGGAUUUUUGAACUUGGAGAGCAAGAUGUUCGAAACCCGAAAGCGCAGUUGAAGCUGUGGAAAUAGUAAACUGUGAAAAGGUCACGGAGCGGGUCUAAUAGUUCUCUUAAAAAAUAUGUUGUAGUAACAUCUAUUAAACGUGAAUACAUAUGUACUUGAGUAUGUGCACUGGAUAUUAAAAUUUUGGUAGACGUGCAACUUUAUGAAUUA